AUGCUAUCCUUUUCCGCCUCUCCUGCUAUCCUCUUCCACCUCACCUGCUAUCCUCUUCCCUCUUCUGCUAUCUCCGCCUCACCUGCUAUCCUCUUCCGCCUCCUGCUAUCCUCUUCCUCUUCCUCUUCUGCUCAUCUCUAUCCUCUUCCUCACCUGCUAUCCUCUUCCGCCUCACCUGCUAUCCUCUUCCCGCCUCACCUGCUAUCCUCUUCCGCCUCACCUGCUAUCCUCUUCUGCUUCACCUGCUAUCCUCUUCCGCCUCACCUGCUAUCCUCUUCCUGCCUCACCUGCUAUCCUCUUCCUCUCAUCCUCCUUCUUCCCUCACCCUGCUAUCCUCUUCCGCCUCACCUGCUAUCCUCUUCCGCCUCAUCUGCUAUCCUCUUCCGCCUCACCUGCUAUCCUCUUCACCUGCUAUCCUCUUCCGCCUCUCUAUCCUCUUCCGCCUCACCUGCUAUCCUCUUCCGCCUCACCUGCUAUCCUCUUCCGUCUCACCUGCUAUCCUCUUCCGCCUCACCUGCUAUCCUCUUCCGCCUCUCCUGCUUCCGCCUCACCUGCUAUCCUCUUCCGCCUCACCUGCUAUCCUCUUCCGCCUCACCUGCUAUCCUCUUCCGCCUCACCUGCUAUCCUCUUCCGCCUCUUCCUAUCCUCUUCCCCUCAUCUGCUAUCCUCUUCCGCCUCACCUGCUAUCCUCUUCCCGCCUCACCUGCUCCUCUUCCGCCUCUUCUGCUAUCCUCUUCCGUCGCCUCACCUGCUAUCCUCUUCUGCCUCACCUGCUAUCCUCUUCCUCCUCAUCUGCUAUCCUCUUCCUCACCUGCUAUCCUCUUCUUCCUCACCUGCUAUCCUCUUCCGCCUCACCUGCUAUCCUCUUCCUCUUCCCUGCUAUCCUCUUCCGCCUCUUCUGCUAUCCUCUUCCGCCUCACCUGCUAUCCUCUUCCGCCUCACCUGCUAUCCUCUUCGCCUCACCUGCUAUCCUCUUCGGCCUCACCUGCUAUCCUCUUACGUCUCACCUGCUAUCCUCUUCCGUCUCACCUGCUAUCCUCUUCCGCCUCACCUGCUAUCCUCUUCCGCCUCACCUGCUAUCUUCUAACCUCUCACCUGCUAUCCUCUUCCGCCUCACCUGCUAUCUUCUAA